AUGAGGGGGUGCCUGGUCUCUGCUACCCAGCAGGGGGGCCCGGGCCUCAGCACCGCCCCCGGGGAGCCCGUGGAUGUGGAGUGUCCCGUCUGCUACCAGGAGUACAACCAGCACAGCAAGUGCCCCCGGAUGCUGGAGUGCCUCCACGUGUUCUGCACCGAGUGCCUCCAAAGGAUCCAGCUGCGCCCCGUCGAGCGGCCCCUCGGCGCCGGCGGCGCGGCGGCCCUCCCGUGCCCCCUCUGCCGCCACCUCACGCCUCUGGAGACCGGAGGCGCCCUCUGCUUGCCCCGCCACUCGCGCAUCCUGGCCGGGCUGCCCCCCGCGGCCUUGGCCGCCGUCACCCAGAGGGUGGUGCUCACCCUGGAGGGCGACGCCAGAGACGCCGGCUUCAUCAUCCUGCCCACGGUCAGCCUGCGGGUGCAGCAGAUGCACCCGGGGAGGCCGUGCGGCGCGGCGCCGGGCCCGGCGGGAGGCGGCGAGGGCGGGGUGGGCCGGCAGAGCAGGAAGACGCUGUUCUGCGUGCAGCUGCUGGCCGUCACCUUCUGGGUGCUGUUUGUGGUCGCCUGCGUGGGCGUGGUGGUGUUCGGGCCGCACUUUUUCAACCGGCAUUUUUAGUGUUGGAAGGAAACGGGGGUCCUCUUUUAAAGGGUGGUGAUUUAGUUGUGCG